AUGCUGGGCCCGGGCGGCGGGGAGCGGGCGGGGGCCUCUUCGGCGGCGCCUCUGCCGCUGCUGCACCCUCGCACGGGGCGGCUGGUGACGGUGUCUCGGGGCGGGCGCAGCGCCGCCCGCUCGCAGCCCGGCCAGGAGUUCAACCACGGGCUCGUCCUCAGCAGGGAGCCCCUCGCCCCGGGCGCCGUCUUCACCGUCCGCAUCGACAGGAAGGUUAAUUCCUGGAGCGGCUCCAUCGAGAUUGGCGUGACGGCCUUGGACCCGAACCACCUCGACUUCCCCAGCAGCGCCACGGGCCUCAAGGGCGGCUCCUGGAUCAUUUCGGGCUGCUCGGUGCUGCGGGACGGGCGCUCUAUUCUGGAGGAGUAUGGGCAGGACCUGGACCAGCUGGGCGAGGGCGACCGCGUGGGGAUCCAGCGCACAGCCAACGGGGAGCUGCGCCUCUGGGUCAACGGGCAGGACUGCGGCGUGGCCGCCACCGGCAUCCCCCUUCACGUCUGGGCCGUGGUGGACCUGUACGGCAAGUGCACCCAGAUCACGGUGGUGCCCAGCAGCCCCGAGGAGGCGGAUGAGGCCGUCGCGCACGAUGAAGCUUUGGACCUGCCUUGCAACCAGAACCGGCCGGAUAAAUUUCCCAACAGCCUGGAGUCGGAGAACGGGUUCUCCAGCAUGGAGCUGUCGGAGGUCGUGAGCAACGCCAUCCUCUCGGCCUACAACGGCAGCCUGCUGAACGUCAGCCUGGGCAGCCCCCCCUCGGACUCUGCCUCCUGCGGAGCCCCCCCUAUGACCUCGAACGACGCCCUCCUCUUCCACGAAAAGUGCGGCACCCUCAUCAAGCUCAGCAACAACAACAAGACGGCCGAGCGGAGGCGCCCGCUGGACGAGUUCAACAACGGCGUCGUCAUGACCAACCGUCCGCUGCGGGACAAUGAGAUGUUUGAGAUCCGAAUCGACAAGCUGGUGGACAAGUGGUCGGGAUCCAUUGAAAUCGGGGUCACUACCCACAAUCCCAACAACCUGGAGUACCCAGCCACCAUGACCAACCUGCGUUCAGGAACCAUCAUGAUGAGCGGCUGUGGCAUCCUGACCAAUGGGAAGGGGACGCGGCGAGAGUACUGCGAGUUCAGCCUGGAUGAGCUGCAGGAAGGAGACCACAUCGGCUUGACCAGGAAGUCCAACAAUGCUCUUCACUUUUACAUCAACGGCAUCGAUCAAGGCGUGGCGACCACCCUCACUCCGCUUGUGGUCUAUGGUGUGGUGGACCUCUACGGCAUGGCUGUGAAGGUCACCAUCGUGCACAACCACAACCACAGCGACCGCCUCCGGCGCAACAACGCCAUCAUGAGGGCUCUCUCGCCAGACGUCGGGCGGCGUGCCAUCGAUGCCGCGGGGAGCGAGCCCGAGCCGGAGCGCCUCCUCUUCCACCCGAAUUGCGGGCAGAAGGCCGCCAUCAUCAACGAGGGACGAACCGCCCUGCGCCCCCACGCCACGGACGAUUUCAACCACGGCGUGGUCCUCAGCAACCGGCCGCUGCGCAACGGCGAGGUCUUCCAGGUGCGCAUCGACAAGAUGGUGGACAAGUGGGCCGGCUCCAUCGAGAUUGGCGUCACCACCCACAACCCCACUUACCUGCAGCUGCCGUCCACCAUGACCAACCUGCGAUCAGGUACCUGGAUGAUGACGGGGAACGGGGUGAUGCACAAUGGAACAACCAUCUUGGACGAAUACGGCCACAACCUGGACCGCUUGAAGGCAGGAGACACUGUGGGCGUCGUGCGCAAGGAAGACGGGACACUGCACUUCUUCGUCAACGGGGUGGCGCAGGGCCCUGCCGCAUGGAAUGUCCCGCCCAACAUCUACGCCGUGGUGGACCUGUAUGGGCAGGCAGCUCAGGCUACCAUUGUGGAUGACACAGAUCUCCUUCCGCUCCCUGACGACCUAUCGGAAGGCAACAACCAGCUGUCUCCCAGCAGCCCGUCCUCAGUGGCCUCCGGGAGUGACCUGCGUUUCCACCACCUGCACGGCAACAACGCUGUCAUCACCAACGGCGGGCGCACGGCGCUGCGGCAGAACUGCCGCAGCGAGUUCAACGACGCCAUCGUCAUCUCAAAUCGGCCCCUCCGAGACGGGGAGCUCUUUGAGAUCGUCAUUCAGAAGAUGGUGGAUCGCUGGUCUGGCUCCAUCGAAGCAGGGGUCACUGCCAUCCGCCCAGAGGACCUGGAGUUCCCAAACACGAUGACCGAUAUCGAUUACGACACGUGGAUGCUAAGCGGCACAGCCAUUAUGCAGGACGGGAACACCAUGCGCAACAAUUACGGCUGCGACCUGGACUCCCUGACCACCGGGUCGCGCAUUGGAAUGAUGCGCACGGCCAAGGGAGACCUGCACUACUUCAUCAACGGCGUUGACCAGGGGGUGGCCUGCUCAGGGCUGCCGCCAGGGAAGGAGGUCUACGCCGUGGUUGAUCUGUACGGCCAGUGCGUCCAGGUGUCGAUCACCAGUGCCACGGGGCCCAUGGACAACAGCCUGUCCACCAGCAACAUCACUGAGAAGUCGUUCCCCAUCCACUCGCCAGUCCCCGGCGUCGCCCACCGUUUCCACAGCAGCUGCGGCAAGAACGUGGCCUUUCAGGACGACGGCUGCCGGGCCGUGCGGGUGGCUGGCUAUUGCCACGGCAUCGUCUUCAGCAUGAAGGAACUGAAGACGGAUGAGAUCUUUGAGGUGAAGAUUGACGAGCUGGACGAGAAGUGGGCGGGCUCUGUCCACGUGGGCCUGACCACCCUGCUGCCCUUGGACGCUCCUUACACGGUGGCGGGGCUGCCGUCGUCCCUCCUGGACCUCCGCUCCAAGGUGACCUGGCUGGUGACGGGCUCCGAGGUGCGUCGGAACGGCAUCCUCCAGAAACAGAACUACGGGUGCUCUCUGGAGCGCCUUGGGGUGGGGAGUCGUGUGGGGGUGAAGCGCUGCACCGACGACACCAUGCACAUCCUCAUCGACGGAGAGGACAUGGGGCCAGCAGCAGCUGGAGUGGCCAAGAACGUUUACGUCGUGCUCGAUCUCUACGGGAGAGUCACAUCCGUCUCCAUCGUCAGCUCCACCAUGCUGGAAGAGGCAGACGGCACCAAGCCCCCCUCUGUCACGUCAGAGCCCUACAGCGAAGAGGAAGAGGAGGAGGAAGCAGCCACCCCCUGCGAGAACGAAGCCCCAGCGGCCACGUCCUCCAUGGAGUUCCUGGAGAACCACGGCAAGAAUAUCCUCCUCUCCAACAACAACCUGACGGCCACGCGCGUCUCCAGCUACAACCAGGGCAUCGUGGUCGUGGCCCAGCCUCUGCCGCCGCAGCAGCUCUUCCAGUUCCAGAUAGACUCCUUGAAUCAGCAGUGGACGUCAUCGCUCUCCUUGGGCGUCAUUGGCAGUUCUCCCGAGCGCCUCAAUUUCCCCGCCACGGCCUGCUCCCUCAAGCGCUCCACCUGGCUACUGCAACGCGAUUCGGUCUUCCACAACUCCCUCAAGAUCUGUGAGAACUACGGCCCCAACCUGGACACCUGCCCUGAGGGGACGGUGCUGGGCCUCCUGGUGGAUUCGAGCGGCUGCCUCCAUCUCUACGUCAACGGCAUGGACCAGGGGGUGGCCGCGCAGGACAUCUUGAACCCCUGCUACGUCCUCAUCGACCUCUAUGGGCAGUGCGAGCAGGUUACCAUCGUGACAAACGACACUCCAGCCGUGGGCGCGGAGGGGGCUGACUCCCACAACCAGGGCGGCAUGGAGAAGGCAGACAUGGUGGACGGUAUCAAGGAGAGUGUCUGCUGGACUCCCCCCGUAGACCUGAACACCAUGAAGACCUGUGAAUACCACGCCCUCUGUGCCCGCUUCAAAGACCUCCUGCUGCUGCCUGACGACUACUUCGUGGAAGACCCCAAGUUCAGCCUCUGCUACUGCGAGUCGUGUCACAAGCUCCGGGGCGACGAGGCCUACUACAAGCGGGGGGAGCCUCCCCGGGACUACGCUCUGCCUUUCGGGUGGUGCCGUUUUAACCUCAGGGUGAAUCCCCGGUUGGAGGUGGGCAGUACCUGUAAGAAAUGGCACAUGGCCUAUCACGGGACGAGCAUCGGAUCCGUCCGGCGCAUGCUGGAUCAAGGAGAGCUGGUGCCAGGAAGCACGUCGAUCCUGAGCUGCCGCCCGGUCAAGGCGGACCCGCAAGGCGGCAACGGCGGAGGUGGCGGCGGCGUGGGGGGCGGGGGCGGCAGCGGGGGGUACCACGAGCCCGAGGAGAACAGCUCCCAAGGGCGCGAGGAUCCUCAGCGCGUCCUGCUGUCUCCCACGCUGCGCUACGCCGGACUGGAGCCUUUCGCCACCAAAGUGCAAUUCAAAGACCCAAAGUCCCACCGGCAGCACUCGGCCCAGGUGGCCUUCCAGGUGUGCGUCCGCCCCGGGUCCUACAAAGUCUGCGCCCAGUCGCUGGCGGCCCCCGAACCCCUGGACCCCCGCUUCAGCAGCGCCGACAUCGAGUGGGUCACCAAGGAGAAAGGUGCUACCGUCCUCUACGGGCUCCUCGUCCGCGUGGAAUGAGGACCGCCUCCCGCCCAGGAGCGCUGAUGAUGACGACGCCACGGCGUUCGGCGGGGAAGAGCGGCGGGGGUAGCGGCUGUUGCCAAAAAACAAAACCCCCGACCCCCUGCUACGCACAGACUGGGGGGGGGGACGACGACAGCUACGGCGAUCGACAGGCACAAGAGACUGCCCCCCCUCCUGUGGGGCAGAGGACGGCGUCGCCCCCCUGUGGCCACAGACAGCUGCUUCUUCUACCCCCCUAAUUUUUCCUUUUUUUGCACAGAGACAAGCUAAACUUGGGGGGUUGGGAUGUUUGGGGAGUGUUGAGUUGAGCCUUGUAUUUAAGAGCAUGAGGGGAGGGGGUUUUUGGGGUAAGCGGGGCAGGGGAAUUAGCUGCCACAAAAGGACUUUUGGGGUGUGGGGGCUCUUUCUGGAACGCCCAGGGGUUUCUAUACCGGCAAAAUUCACCCUUUUCCUCCCUCCCUUCCAAACUCGCCCUCCCCUGCAGUGUUGAGUCUGUUCAUUGGGAAAGGAUAGGAAGUGAGGGGGGGUUGGGGGGGUGAUAUUGGCCCCCUCUCUUUUUCUUCGACGGCUGCAUUGCGACAGGAUCGGACAUUUCAGGAGGGGCGGCGUGAAGGGGGCAGAGAGUAGGGUUGACCCAGCCGCUGCCCCCUCCUUGGAAGAGAAAGCAGAGGUGCAGAUUCGCACUCGCCCCCGAAGCGUGGGUCUCUUUGCUCCUUAGUACGCAUGCGUGUUUUUAAUGGGGGUCCUUCUUUUUCAUCCUCCCCGCCACCACCCUCUUUCUUCAGCCUUCUGCACCAACUCUGUACCGCCCCAAAGAAGGUCGUGGAAGAAGGUGUGGAAUGGUGUGUGUGUGUGUGUUUAAUUAACGCAGCCUGUGAACAAGCACUUAACCCCGUGGAAGGUUUCAAGGGUGGGUUCCGGGGGGGGGGGGAGAGACAUGGAUUUCUCAAAUUUCACGCCUAGCUUCUCGAACUCAACACCCGUGCCACGAUUUCCCUCCAGUUAUUCCCACCUAAGAGAAGAGACACGGAUUUCUCAAAUUUCACACCCAGCUUCUCGAACUUGCCACCCGUACCACGAUUUCUCUCCAGAGAAGACUCCGGUGAUUCCUCCUCUCUUCCGACACCCCUGUUCCUUGUACAACAAGCACAUCGCCCUCUCCCCCCCCCCAAAAUUAAAUUUCCUUUCUCUUUUUAUCCUGAAGGAGCCCGGCACGCAUUUCUCAAGUGUGUGUUAACACCCAUUUUCCCUUCUCAAGCGGAUAAUUCCCCCCCCCUCUCCUCUCCCUUCCCUUAUUUAUUUAAAACCUUGUGUUGGUUGUCAAAUUAAAAUUUAAAAAAAAAAAUGUGAAUUUUCUUGAGGGGCGAAAGGGUACAUGGCUUUUAAUGCCCACCCCGUCCCCCUUUGAUUUAUAUAUAUUUUAAAUGGUAUUUAUGCUGCUUUUUCACUUUAUUUGUUGGAAAAUGACAUGCAUUGGGGUGUUUUGUUUUUUUUACCUCUGUAAAAAAACUUCGUUUCCUUUUUUUUUUUUGAACAAAAGUUUCAAAGGUUGUACAGUGCGUUUCUCCCCAACUUCCUUGCAAGGGUUUAUAAACCAGGAUUCAGCUGG